AUGAAGGUGGAUGCCGACGCCAGGGAAGCGCCUGCCGCACCGCCCGCUGCACCCGGAACGCCGAUCGCUAGUAAUACAGAAUCACCUGUAUCCUCUUUGGACGAUUACCGGUUACUUGAGCCUCCUGAGGUGAUCCCGACGCCCGAGCGGGCGUUGCUAGCCAAGCUGGAGGAAGAGAACAGACGCAUCGAGGCGGACGCCAAGUGCCCCUCGCUUACCACCGUGCACAGCAGGAAGAGUUCAGAUACUUCCCAAGUAUCUCUAGCAUCUGCUACAAGUUCAAGUCAUGACGCGGAGGGUCGAGUCACCAACAGCGCAAAUGGCGAGGAAGACCUCUGGAGUCUCUGGGGACGUAUCGUCAGCAAUUGGGAGACGGAGUGGAAGCGACGGAAUCAGUUUGUGCGAGAUCUGGUGCGCCAAGGGGUACCACACCACUUCAGAGGCAUCGUAUGGCAAUUGUUAGCGGGAGUCGACACCUCUCCUGAAAAGAAGCUCUACGCUUCUUAUAUUAAAGCGAAAUCAGCAUGUGAGAAGGUGAUUCGUCGUGACAUAGCUCGCACGUAUCCCGAACAUGAUUUCUUUAAGGAAAAGGAUGGACUUGGCCAGGAGUCCUUGUUCAAUGUGAUGAAAGCAUACUCCCUGCAUGACCGCGAGGUGGGCUAUUGCCAGGGAUCCGGGUUCAUCGUAGGAUUAUUGCUUAUGCAGAUGCCAGAAGAAGAAGCUUUUGCGGUGUUAGUAAAGAUAAUGCAGCAACAUCGCAUGCGGGAUAUGUUCAAGCCAAGCAUGGCAGAGCUCGGUCUCUGCAUGUUCCAAUUGGAAAACCUCGUGCAAGAACUGCUGCCUGAUCUGCACGUGCAUUUCCAGUCGCAGAGUUUCAACACGUCUCUUUAUGCCAGUAGUUGGUUCCUGACUCUCUUUACAACUACUCUCACUUUGCCGCUUGCUUGCCGAAUCAUGGAUGUGUUUCUGUCUGAAGGAAUUGAAAUAGUGUUCAAAGUAGCCCUCGCUUUACUGACUGUGGGCAAGAACGACUUACUGUCGCUCGAUAUGGAAAGUAUAUUGAAAUACAUACAGAAGGAACUGCCAUCGAAAGCUGAGGCCGAUCAGGAUGUGUUUAUGAACCUCGCGUAUUCAUCAAAGUAAAUCCAAAGAAAAUGAAAAAACUAGAGAAAGAAUACACUGUGAUCAAAACUAAGGAGCAAAGUGAUAUAGCUGUAUUGAGGUGCCUGCGUCAGGAAAAUCGUCUGUUGAAGCAACGAGUAGAACUGCUCGAGAAGGAGAGUUCUGGGUUGGCUGAGAGGCUGGUGAGGGGACAAGUGGACCUCGCAGAAGGUGAAGAGGAGACGUUUGCUCUCGCCCGAGAGGUGCAGGCGCUGAGGAGGGCUAACGUCGACGCACAACAACGUCUGGCAGUCGCCCAGGACGAGAUACGGUCGCUCGAAAUGACCAUCGCUGAGAACAACUCGCGGCAAUCGUCAUUGGAAGGUAUGGAAGGUACAGGUAGCCAGAAAGGCGAGGAAUUGGCUCGGUGUCUACAAAGGGAGUUGGUGCGAGCACGGCUCCACGCGGCUGAACGGGAGGCAGCUGAGCGAGAACUGACCGCUCGUAUUGCUGAACUCGAGAACGAGAACAAGAGUCUGAGGAGACAGCGAGUUGAUAAUAAUGUCGCCCAUUUACAGGACGAAUUAAUUGCUGUGAAGCUGCGCGAGGCUGAAGCUAAUUUAUCUUUGAAAGAUCUGCGGCAACGCGUGACGGAGAUAUCUGAAGCGUGGCAGCGACACUUACAAGAACAUAGACAAGAGGCUCCGGCCACGCCAGUGCAGUCGAACGUAGUGUCCGAUAUAAUGGCGACGCCUAAGAAGUUGUUACGUGCCUGGGAAGGACGCUCCGGUGACGUGCAGAAGUUGGAGGAGGAACUUAUGACCACUAGGAUUAGGGAAGUCGAGGCGCUGACUGAGCUUAAGGAAUUAAGACUGAAGGUUAUGGAGUUGGAGACCCAGGUGCAAGUGUCGACGAAUCAGUUGCGGCGACAGGACGAGGAGGCGCGUCAACUGCGGGAGAACCUCGACGCGGCGCUGCAACGUGAGCGAGUGUUGCAAACUCGUCAAAGGGAGUUCCAGCAUAAAUAUGCUGAUCUGGAGAGCAAGGCUAAAUAUGACUCCAUGCAAGCGAACAUUCGCAACAUGGAGGACGCUCAGAGAAUAGCCGAGUUGGAGACUGAAGUAUCAGAAUAUAAGUUAAAGAAUGAAGUGAUGGCCACUGAAGGUGAGCUUCGCAAUAACAUGGACGGUGACUCCGACGGCAUCCAAGAGUUACAGGAGCAAGUCGCUGUAUUGAAGGCUGAGGUCAUGAGACUAGAGGCGUGGAAAUCCCGGGCCUUGGGCCAUCCGGAACUAAGCUGUGCUGUGUCUUUCGAAGAUGAUUUAGAGGAGGACGAGAAACUUAAACUAAUCCUACGACGCGAAUCUUCCACAUCCUUUGACCUGUCCGCGAUGUCAAGAAAACCGACGUAA